AAAUUCUUCUUUCGUUCCGAAUACCGAACAUGAGGGCGGGCCCGAAAGAAACCCUCCAAGAUAUCUUCCACUUUCUCGGCUCCGUGUCUUUCUUUGAAUAUCAGAGAAUUUCUCUGGCGGUUCGUGUUUCAAACAAAAUCGCACAAGAAGAAUCCGAUUGUUCUUUCCUGGAGGAACGUGAUUGAGGCGAGAAGAAACGGUGAGAAAUGACGAGUUCUGUGUGUUGGAAGCCUGUGAUUAUGGCGAAAUCGAUUGACGGCAAAGGAUUUGCUUCUACGAGAACAAUAUCAAUCGGCUCUGGAUUGGCUGUGAAUCGUGUUUCGUUCAUCGAUUCGAGGCUAUUCAAGUCUAGGAUUUGUGGCGUGCGAGCUUCCAUGGUGGAUUCUUAUGGAAACUCCGAUUUCGUCAAGAGGAUGGAGCAAGCAUGGGAGAUCUCUCAGCAACCAACGCCUAUUUGCUGCUCUUCUUGCAACUCAAAUGGACAUGUUGAGUGCCAAUGGUGUAGAGGAACUGGCUUCUUUAUUCUUGGAGAUAACAUGCUUUGUCAAGUUCCUUCCAGAAACACUAGCUGUGUCAUUUGUGCUGGCAAGGGCUCUAUGCGUUGCUCCGACUGUAAGGGAACAGGUUACCGGGCUAAGUGGUUGGGAGAGCCUCCCAUCCCUAAAGUCUAAAUAGCCUCAUCGCUUGCUUCCAGGUCUGUCAAGUCAGCUAUUUUUCUUCAUAAAUAUUGGUUAUUAUUUAAUCUCAUAACCAGGUCAUAGUGCAGUUGAGAUUAUUUCAUAGUGGAGUAAAAAAUUGCUUCCUCAUGACAUUUAUUGUAUUUGAGUAGCAAGUGAGUACAGAUAUGUAAAGAUUAUUUCAUAGUAAAAUUUGUGAUGUUCAAUAUACAGUUUAUAUUGAAAUUACAUUUGGCUCA